UUUCUCAUGUCAGGGGAAUGAACCGGAAGAAGUCAGAAGGAAAUCUUAAAUGAGAGUAUAGGUCAAGUAGUACAUCAAAUUAAAGGUCUUUAUUAGAAAAGUACAAUAUUGCAAAUCCGUAUCUUUUACACUGUAUUUUCUUUGCUAAUUGUUGUUUCUUGACCAUUGUGGGAGAUGGCAUGUCUCCAAACAUCUAUAUGUGACACUCUUCUCGAGUUGCCUUGUCAUAAAAUGGUAUCUGCACUUAUCACCAGUGACUAUUUUUGAAUAAUCUGAUGAACACUAUUGAAGGAGUGAAAAAUGGAAGAGGACCAAGAUUGGGAUGCUGAAGCUGUUGCCGUUAUUAAAGACAUCAAACCUCACGUCAAAGACAUCCGAGUGUCUUCAGUGGUUCCAGCCAGCAAAGGGAUCUGCUUGAACAUCACAACGUUGGAAGGCCAGGACUUGUGUGUGUUACUGGGCCCUUCUGGGUUUUCCUUGGUUGGAAAGGUCCAUGAUAAUGUUUCCUUAGAUCAAACUAACCAAGUGUUCUACGAGACCCCAUAUGCUUUUCUAAGUUCUGUCAGUCCGAGUUAUAAUCAGUCUUUUGGAAAUUUGCUUAUCAAGAAACUUAAUGAACUAAAAGAAGCUAGCUUGAAUGAAUGUGAUGAACAUGAAUAAAAUCUCCAGAGACUAUUACUGUGAUUUAUUAAUUGUAACAAACAACUGCCUAUCGAUUUUAAGCAAUAUUUUUGAAUAAUUUUAAAUGUAUAAAUUAGUUUUGAAUUUGUUUUCCUGUGUUCCUUAACUAAGAGUUUAUCACCCAAAGUAUAUAACAGGUCAUGUUUCGUGUGUUCUGUAGGGUAACUAUGUGCUAAACAUAAUAAGGUCUUUUUCGCUGCUUCCCGAGUAGCAGGAAAUUCAGGAUAAUUAGUAACAGAUUGUGCUCUUCUCCUGGUGAGAUUAUGAAGCAGAAACUGAAGGAUCGAGGGCGGUCUUUAGCUCAUCCUUUGUCAUUUUUCACAAGAACAGAGAAUAGGGUCUAGCCCACAUAGGUUGAUGUUGGUAAAUGGGCAAUGAAUUCCCAUGUUUAGGCGUACCAAAUUUUCUUUCAGACUAUAGGAGCUUAAUUUACUCCAAAUCAUCAUCAUUCACAGUAAGCUAAACCAUUCAUUCAUCCACAUCUAAGCAGUCAGACAUUCACUGAAUUGCCCGGACAUUUGAUUUAGUUUUAGCUGUACCCCGUGUAAGUUUUAUUGAACAGAUAUAAACCAACUAGAAGUGGACAGUCAUAUGGGGGUACUGCUCUGAAAAUAACAUGUGUUAAUGUUAAGUAGAUUAACAGUUCUCUAGAUACAUUUCUGUGAUUUGGGAACUUAGUGGGCUGUGAAUGACCUACUAAUAUUUAAUGUAGAAUCUUGGAGCAUUGGAAAAAAGGUUUAUUGUACUAUCACUAGUAUAAACGAAUACAACAUUUUCCAAUAUAAUUUUUUUUUAUUUUGUGCAAGGCCUUUCUGAAUCAAAGAUUCCAUCA